UGACAAACUAAACAUCAUAAAUUCACUGAACAAGGAUUAUGAAAAUAAAAUGCAAAUUUCUCGCUAGAAGAGUCAGAUGCCGCCUACACCUUCAGAAACUGCAACAGAGACUGCUACAUAAGAACUGGGCUGUUCAGCCACAGCAGACGCUGCAACUCAACCACAGACUAAUCCUUGGCACGCACUCCAUUGUCUUGUGAGACAGAAUUGGGAUGGCAUUACCAAAGGCAGUAGGGUACAUGAUCGUUCUUCUGGUUGUAUGCUAUGGUCUGGAGAAUCAGGGAUACAGGAAGUCUCUGAAAGUAUUCUUUGAGGAAUGGAUGGGUACAAAACCGUCAAACAAUAAUGCAAGAGAAAAAAGAGCGAUUACCUCAAAUUCCUCUGAAUAUGUACUCCAAGCGGUUAUGACCCUCUCUGACCUUGACAGUCUCAGAUUGUUUUUGGACACACUUUCUCUUCCAUUGCUAAUCAACAGCACAGCUGAAAUUACCAGCAUUAACACCACAACAGUGUGCUCAUCAAAUGUGACGGGAUACCAGUGCAGAUGUGAGGAGAGCUUUGCUUGGUCAUAUAACAGCUGCAUUAACCAUGGAGCAUGCGAUGCCAUCAUUGGUGACACAUGUGGAUGCAUCAAUGACCUUCCAGCUGAUGACCAGUACUGUCGGCUAAACACCAGUCGAGCAGUGACACCAACACCAUCACCAUCACCUACAUCAUCACUUGACCCGGUGAAAAUGGAUUUAGUCCUUGACUUGCGCAUUCCAGUCUCCAGUGUGCCAUCAAAUUUCAUUGAUAUAUUAAGGAACACAAGUUACAUCUUUCCACACAACAUCACUCAGUCUUUAACAGUAAUAAGUCUAAAUUUGACCACAGUCUGUUAUCCAAACUCCACCGGAGGACUGCAGUGUCAGUGUGAGGAGCAGUUUGGUUGGUCGUGUGACAAGUGUAACACCUAUGGCACAUGCAGCAAUACCACCACUCAAACCUGUGACUGCAUAAACAGCGUUCCUUCUGAUGGACAGUUCUGUGAAUCGCUCACAAGUAUCACGCCAUGUCCGACCCCAAGUACUGUGACACCAACACCAUCACCAUCACCUACAUCAUCACUUGACCCGGUGAAAAUGGAUUUAGUCCUUGACUUGCGCAUUCCAGUCUCCAGUGUGCCAUCAAAUUUCAUUGAUAUAUUAAGGAACACAAGUUACAUCUUUCCACACAACAUCACUCAGUCUUUAACAGUAAUAAGUCUAAAUUUGACCACAGUCUGUUAUCCAAACUCCACCGGAGGACUGCAGUGUCAGUGUGAGGAGCAGUUUGGUUGGUCGUGUGACAAGUGUAACACCUAUGGCACAUGCAGCAAUACCACCACUCAAACCUGUGACUGCAUAAACAGCGUUCCUUCUGAUGGACAGUUCUGUGAAUCGCUCACAAGUAUCACGCCAUGUCCGACCCCAAGUACUGCAAUAACGACAACACCAGCAAUGACGACAACACAACCAAUGACGACAACACCACCAAUGACGACGACAACACAAAUGACGACGACAACGAUGCCAGUGAGCAUGACAACAACGCCAGUGAUGACAACAGCACCCAUGACAACACCAAUGACGAUGACAACACCAAUGAUGACGACAACAAUGCCAGUGAACACGACGACAACGCUGAUGACGACAACACCAAUGACGACGACAACAACGCCAGUGAACACGACAACACCGCUGAUGACGACGACAACACCAAUGACGACGACAACAACGGCAAAGAACACGACAACACCGCUGAUGACGACGACAACACCAAUGACGACGACAACAACUGCAAAGAACACGACAACACCGCUGAUGACGACGACAACACCAAUGACAACAACAACAAUGGCAGUGAACACGACAAAAAUGCCAGUGACGCAAACAACAAUGCCAGAGAAGACGACAACAACACCAAUGAUGACAACAACAAAACAAAUGACUACAACAACAACAAAACAAAUGACUACAACAACAACAACAACAACCACAACAACAGAGGUGAGACAAUUGUCACUUACCAUGGACAUGGAUUUUAACGAUGAAUUCAAUAAUGAAGAGAACGAAGUUUACAUCGAUACCAAUCAAGCUAUUCAAGAACAAUGUAUGAAGUUCAUCACAAAUCUAAUAUCAGCAACAAUAAUUAGGUUCAGGGCCGGAAGCACCAUCGCUGAAUAUUCUGUCAGAGCACCUGCUUUUAAUAACGCGGAAAUUGAAGACGUAAAAACAGGGAUAUUCGCAGAUCUGGGAGAAAAAUACCCUAUGAUAUAUGAGAGCACAGAAUCCUUAACGUUUUCAUCUUCUGAAGUAUUUUCUGGGGAAAGCGUGACUUUGACAUGUGGCCCUCCACCACCGAAUCUCAAUUUAGGUAGCGACUGGAUUGCGGAGUGGAGACGUGACAACAACUUAAUACGCUCAGAUGAUGAACACAGCUUUUCAAAUAAUAAUGGACAGGCCACACUAACUGUGUCAAAAUCCUUUGCCACUGACAAUGGACGUUAUGAAUGUAAGCUGAAGAAAGGCAAUUUGGCUUUCCGACAGAAAUCCAAAGGAACAUUUACAGUCAAAGAGACACCUGUGAUCCAAGUGAAGCCAAUCAGAAGAAAGGUUAAGUGUAAGGUUGACGACAAAGUGUCACUGCAGUGCUCUGUCCAAAGCCCUUACAAGGUUAAGUUUCAAGACACGCCUGAUACAGGCUCAAGAAGGAAUAUCACCCAUAACUUCACAAUCCCCGACUGUGAAAACCUGGAUAGGACAUUCAUUUGUCAAGUGGAAAACUAUCCACAAUUUAACAAAAAUAUAAAACUGGAUUUGUCCACAGGGAACUUUGACUGUAGUGAUGAUGAGUUUGGUGCUGGAAAUGAUGGUGACACGAGUGAAGUUCCCUGCGGACAGGACAGGGUGGGAGAGAAGACAGCAGUUUGUAGAAAAAAUGAGGGUCAAUGGGUAGAGCAACAAGACACGUGCAUCCUAUUACCGGUUCAGCAGCUGUUCGAGCAGUCUGAGUCCUUGAAUAACAAUUCGCUGCCAGGAUUCUUGGAGCAACUCAGCAAUGUCACUAGUGUCUUCACGGCGGAAGUGGUUGAAUCUCCCAAUGACAUUAAUGCCAUUGUUGACAUACUCAACAAUGUAGCAACCUUAACAUCAUCAUCACACAUCACAAUAACUAAAGAUUUAAUGGAGGAUGUUCUAUUAACUGCAGGUGUCCUCACCACAGAUGAGGCAAAACGUUCAUGGGACAAUCUAAACACAAACACACCCACCACAACCAGUACAGUAAGAAGAAGUAACAGCUCCGAAGCUCAAAGUGCCAGCUCAACAUUUUUGUUCUCUAUUGAGACUAUAACAAAAGCCCUUGCCAAUGACUCUUUUGACAUUGUAACACCCUCUAUUCUCUUGAACAAAACUGCAGUCACAGGCACUUUCAAUGCCGACUUUAAUUCUUCAGUGGUGGUAGACAUACCUGAUGGAGGAAGCAAUAAUAUCACUGUGAUUACAUUUGCCUCUAUGGAUAAUGUACUCCCUGCAAGAGACGAAAACAAUUCAACCUUCAACGUCAUCAAUGGGAGAGUCGUACUUCUUCAGUCCGGUGACACCAUCAAUAAUGUUUCAUUCACAUUUGAUAUCAUAAAUAAGACUAUAGGGAACCCUCAGUGUGUUUUCUGGAACUUCAGCCUCUUCAAUGGUCUCGGAGGAUGGGACAAUGAGGGCUGCGAGUUGGUAUCCGAUGGUAAUGAAACCGUCACCUGCAACUGCAACCAUCUGACCUCGUUCUCUAUGCUAAUGUCACCCAGCAUUCCAAAGGACCCUGUGUUGGAUUUUAUAAGCUUCAUUGGUGUUGGCAUAUCCAUGGGUUCCUUGGUUAUAUGCCUCAUCAUUGAAGCUGUCAUAUGGAGAAAAAUAAGGAGGAACAACACAUCAUACUUGCGCCAUGUUUCCAUUGUUAACAUCGCAAUGUCUCUCCUGAUUGCAAAUAUUUGGUUUAUUAUUGGGGCCGCCAUUUCAGAUGCAAAGGAGGAAAACCCACCAGCCUGUAAUGCAGCUACAUUUUUUAUCCAUGUUUUCUACUUAUCCCUGUUCUUCUGGAUGUUAGCCUCAGGUCUGCUGUUGCUCUACCGCACAGUCAGUGUCUUUGAUGAUGGUUUGACUAGAAAGUCUAUGUUGGCUAUUGGAUUCUCUCUAGGCUAUGGGGCACCACUAAUUAUCGCAACCAUAACUAUAGCUGUAACUGCACCCAAAGAAGCAUACAUCCGAGGAACGGGGGUCUGCUGGCUCAACUGGGACGAGUCCAAAGCUCUGCUGGCAUUUGUGAUCCCUGCGCUGCUAAUAGUCCUGAUAAACCUCAUGAUCCUGCUUGUGGUGAUAUACAAAAUGUUGAGGAGAAGGGCAAUAUCUGCACAGGCAGAUGAGAGACAUGUUCUGGUGGUUAUUGCUAGGAGCUUGGCUGUCCUCACACCAUUUUUUGGAUUAACUUGGGGACUGGGAGUCGGAACCAUGACCAACCCAAACAACAAAGGAAUCCAUAUUUCAUUUGCAUUCUUCAAUUCACUGCAGGGUUUCUUCAUAUUGGUUUUUGGAACACUGUUGGAUAAAAAGGUGCGGUCAGAAAUUGCAAUUAAGUCACAAUUUUCCAGUGGAACCAGUGGAACAAAGGUAAGAGCAGUUUUCUUAAUCAUGUCAUUUUUUGUAAGCAGGUCAUCAGUCCCUUUUCAAAUAUUGUGGCAAUUCAUGUUUUCGCCUUUAUUCUUGAUAUUAGACCACCAGCGCUGGAAUCUCAUCAUCAAGUGGAUUGGGCUUUUUCCGGAACUGGAAAAAAGGAAAAGAUGGUUACAAUACGUCGUCCAAUGCCUCCGGUGCAUCUCAGUCCUUCAUCAACACUUGAUCUGUACACAACACAAAAGAUAUUUUUGAAUAUUGCACGCUGUAUGUUGGAUGUAUAUUAAUUGUAUUGUAGUAGUAAUUGCAUUUAAGUAACUAUUUUCUUUCUUUUUUAUUGUUUUUGGCAACAAUCAUGAAGUUAUAUGUACUUCCUAUGAAGAGCACUUGCAGAGGAUAGAUUUUAUAUCUGAUGUCAUAAAAAAAGUG